AUGGCCUGGCGCAGCAGCGGCCGCACCAAUACGGCUCUGGUCGAGAACCUCUGGUCAAAUGGCCUCAUUCGCUCCCCCCUCGUCAAAGCAGCCUUCCUCUCCGUCGACCGCGCGCACUAUGCCCCGGCGUCACCAUACGAGGACUCGCCCCAGUCCAUCGGCCACGCGGCCACCAUCUCGGCGCCGCACAUGCAUGCCGCCGCCGUGGAGGCCUUGCUCGAGUACGUGACGGAGGGUGUGAAGGAGAGGCCGAGACGGGUGCUGGAUAUUGGGAGCGGAAGUGGGUAUUUGACGCAGGUGUUGGCGGAGCUGGUGGGUGAAGGUGGGGUUGUGGUUGGGGUGGAGCAUAUUCCUGAGUUGAAGGAGAUGGGGGAGCGAAACAUGGGGAAGAGUGCGGAAGGGAGGGCACUUCUGGAUUCGGGUCGGUGUCGGUUUCGAGUGGGUGAUGGGAGGAAGGGUUGGGCUGAACCGGCACCAGCGGCGGGGCAGCCAGCUGUUGGUGGGGCGGCGGAUUCGAAGGCUGGUGACAAAAAUAAUGAGGGAGGGUGGGACGCAAUUCAUGUUGGUGCUGCGGCGGUGGAAUUGCAUGAGGAGCUGGUGAAACAGCUGAGGGCGCCGGGACGCAUGUUCAUUCCAGUCGGAGAGACAGAUGGGUGGGAUCAGUAUAUAUGGACGGUGAACAAGGAUAAGGAUGGCAAUGUGAAGAAGCAGAGAGGGUUUGGGGUUAGGUAUGUGCCGUUGACGGAUCCUCCGAAGGGGAAAAGGGUGCAGGAGGAGCUUUGA